AUGAAGCUCGCUGGAGCCACCACACUCGUCUCGUCGGGCCUGCUCGCGGCUUCGGCUGUGAUGGCCGUUCCCGCUCCAUCCAUCUCGUCGCCCGUCCACAUUCCCAUCACCAAACGCAACCUCGUCAAGCGCUCCGGCGACGACCUGCUCAACUGGGCCUUUGAGCAGAAAGCCAUGCUGCAGUCCAAGUACAAUCUCCCCUCUACCUCGCAACCGCAACGUCGAGCCGGCGCAGCAUCCCUCACCAACGUCCAAUACGACUCGUCCUGGGUCGCUCCCAUCUCUGGCGGAACGCCGUCGAAAGAGUACUACGUCGUCCUGGAUACCGGGUCGGCCGAUUUGUGGAUCUCAGACCAGUACUACACUCCCUCCUCGAGUAGCUCGUUCCAGAACGACUCGUCGGCAUUCAACAUCCAGUAUGGAUCCGGCUCCGUUUCGGGCUACCUGGCAACGGAUACGUUCAGUCUGGCAGGUACGACGGUGAACAACCUUCACUUUGCCGUUGCCGACCAAGUCUCCCAAGGGCUGACGAGUGCGGCGAUGGAGGGCAUUAUGGGGAUGGGUUUCCAGCGACUCGCCUCGUCCGGCGAACCACCGCUGUGGGUCGCUAGCAACCAGAACACCUUCUCGUUCUACCUCGAGCGAGCGAGUCUGACCUCGGCGGACCAGACCCAGGCCGGUGGUAUUUUCACCCUCGGCGGCACCAACAGCAGCCUCUACCAGGGUGACAUUAGCUACAACUCGCUCAUUGAGGAGCUCUACUGGAUGGUGCGUCUUGGCGCCAUCGGGACCAAGGGCAGCAAUGUCAACCUCGGUAGCCUCACCCGCGCCGCCAUUGACACGGGUACAACGCUCGUCGGUGGUCCCGACUCGGUGGUCCAAUCGCUCUACUCCCAGAUCCCCAACUCUCGCUCCCAGGGCAACGGCUACUACUCCUUCCCGUGCUCCUCCUCGGUGGACGCAACGCUCACCUUCAACGGCAUGCAGUACACCAUCCCUGAUUCAGACUUCAUCGCGGGCACCCUCGACAACAGCGGUUCCCAGUGUCUAGGCGCCUUCUUCGGCCUCGGCUCGACCGUCCAGACCGACCUGCAGUGGAUCGUUGGCGAUGCAUUCCUCAAGAACGUCUACUCGGUCUUUACGACCAACGGCAACAACGGCAAUGCUGCCGUGGGCUUUGCCAGUUUGGCUAACGGCUUGAACUCGGGGACCAACUCGAAGAGUGUCGGCACCAGCAGCAACACGUCGUCGAGUCCCGCGGCUAGGUCGUUCGGCAGUGCAGGUGUCGGCGCUGUCGCCCUGGCUGUCGCCGUUUCUGCGCUGGCAGCGGUUCUUGCAUGA